CUUCCUGGCUCCAAGCCCUGCUGUGCCACCGCGGUGCCCUUCAUCUGUACUGUGUACCCGUGUACUCAGACAUGUGGGUGUUCCUGAUCCUGGUCCUCGAAUCAACCACCUGUCUGAAAGGGAAUUUUAAAAUAACAAAUGAGAACUAAUUCAAAUUGGGCCGCUCUGUGUCCCUUCCACCAGUUUAAAUGAUGCCGUUCUCAGCCUCAUUCAUUCCGGCUAGGUCCGCUGCUUCCCCAUCUUCUUUAUUCUUUGCUGACCUCUCGGAGGCACGGAGCUGUGCACGGAACGAGGGGCUGUGCUUUUGGGGCAGGGAUACGCUUGGAGACCCCGCAGGCACCAGCCCAGACGCGUUUACCCGGGGAACGAGCGCGCCCCGCGUAACGGAGCUGUCCACUCGACUGAUUCCGAACGUGGUGGGAGAAGAUCCGAAGGGAAAGCCGAGCCAAAGGAGGUCAGGCUUCUUCCGGGGCAUCCUGGGAAUUGUAGUCCCCAGUGUGCCAGGGAUUCCACGCCCCGGGAAGAACUUGACUACGGUCCCCGAAAGCCUCCAGGCUUUCAGCUGGUGGGAGCAGCACUUCCUGAAACAGCUCGGGCUCAGCGGGAACCGACGCCGCAGCAGCAAUCCAGGCAGCCGCGGCAGAAACCGCGGCAGCUGCCCAGGGCGAUCUCCUCUCUUUGGGCCACUGCGGGACCCAGGCCGUGGGAGGCCCGUUUGGAGGAGAGCCAUUCCGACGCCGCAGAUCUUUUGGAGUCCAGUUCAUCUCAUCUGUUCAUGUAGAUUUACUACAAUUUCUCCCCAUUUGACAAAGGCAUUUUUAAACUUCCCAGGCAAACCUCCAACGGUGACACAAGAAAAAAAGAUCUUUAAAAAGAGAAUCAGAGGCCAGAAGAAGAUAUAUUUGAUUCGAAAUUUGAGUUGGAUGGAGGAUUCUCUGACUUGGAGUUGGACUGGAAGAACUGGACCCCUGGAAGAACUCAUGCAGGAGAUCUCAGACUGCUUUUCCAUUUUAGACUGUCACCGCUGGUGAGUGAAAGGCUGAUUUAGUGACCCUGCCUUUCUCGAAGGUGUAAAAAAAAUUUAACACUCCAAAAUGUAAGGACAUAAUGUGAGGAUGAAAGUAGGAUUCUGGGAAACAUAGUCCUGGGGUACAAAAUUCUAAUUACACAAUAUGAAUAGUCCAUAUAGGGGGAAACAUACCAGGAACCCCUUAAUAAACUGUAAUAACUAUCAAUUAUAAAUUACUGAUAUUAAAAUAAAUAAAUAUUUACUUUCAUUAUUUUAAACAUAUUUCAUAAACAUCAUAAACAGUUUUCAACUUAGUAACCAUUGACAAAGUUGGUAAAUUGCUGGGACUUAAUUUGAUCUUCUCCAGAUUUUUGCUUGCAAAUGAAAAUAGAUACCUUUUGCCACCAUCUUUCUUUGGGCAAACUUGGUUGAAAGUGCUGGAAAAACACAAUGAUAUACAUCCUGAGGUAGUGAGAUUGGAGGUGAUAUCAUAUUUCAACUUCUUGCAUAGCCGACCAGGAUAUCUUCUAAAUUUUCGUGGAUCCAUUUGACAAUAUUCUAGAAAGUCCAAUGUCUUUCAAAGAUGCAGGUGGAAGAAAGGAAGGAAAAACCCAACACAAAUGCUCGAAAAGGAAAGAUGGUAUUGCUCAGGAAAUUGUACUUACUAGUAAAUAAAUAAGUUUGGACUGAACUGGUCCCAACGGUUCCCAACACCCAUAGUUAGUGUCACAAUAAGCAUCCAAGUAUUUCUACGAGAAGUGUGGGGUAAUGGUAAAAGGAAGGUGUUGUUGUUGGGGGGGAUAGAGUAGAGGGGGAGGUAAAAGAAAGAUAAGGCAUGAAAGAAUUGACCCAGAUAUUAUGGUAUGCAGACGCUUCCACACUCCGUAACAUUUGUAGGGGGGCUGUAAUUAUGCUUUUUCAUUGUCCAUCAAAAUUCUCUACCAAAAAUGGAAGCUACAUUAAUUCUUCAGGGCUUUGCUCUAUAGAGAGAAAGCACAACUUAAUUAAAGAAAAUAGGUUUUGGCACUUCUUCCAUCCAAGGUUUUAUCCAGUUGCCACUGCUUGAGGCUUUCUGCCAGCAGUUUCAUAAAAUUCUUAUAGGACAGAGUAAUAGCAAAAAGAGAAAAAUAUGUGAAGUGUAAUUACAUUUCUUAAUGAUACCAUGAUGAAGCUAUUCUAGGCAAUUGGAUACAGACAUAUUUCCCCAUUUAACAUUCAACAGUUCCUAAAAACCCCGUUAGGAUGAAAUAGUAUUAUGGAGAAUGGCAGAUACUUCAUUGGAACAGUAUUAUCUAGUUUUAAGAAAUGUAUGGGUUGCAUUUGUAUAAUUCCCCCGAGUUAUUUCCUUCAAAUAGAUAAAGGAGCAUCUCCUUAAUGUUCAACUCACUAGAUCAAGGGCACUUACCCUGGAUGUCAGGUUAGAUUUCAGGAGAUGGGUUAAUAUGAAUGGGGAAAACUGGCAUCUUUAUUUUUUACCAACCUCUAGCUGAAAUAUAGCAUCUCCUUCCUUUGCGAAUUUAAACUUAGUAGAAGUGGAACUUGAACAGGGACCUCUGAUUGCUUUUGCCUUUAGACUAGUGUAAGCCAUAAAAGAAGAGGCGAAUGACUCAGCCUCCAGGUCUGGCGGGGAGCAGUGCCUACAUCUUUAGGGUGCUAGCAGUCCCAUCUCCUUAUACCUCUGUUACAGCUACACCAGAUUGCUUCCUCUCCUCCUUACCCAGCUCAAACCCCUUCCCCAAGGGUAAAAGGAAGCUACAGAGGGAAGACUGUUGUUAUAAAUACAUCAAGAAUCACCUACAAAAUAUAAUCACCAACAAUGAUUGUUAUCACAUUCAUAAUUGAUUAUGAUUUUUUGCCACAGGUAUUUGUAGCUAUUACUGACAUUUCAGAGGAAGUGGUUUUUGUUUCAAAUACCCAUUUUGACUGUCCAGCCAAAUGGGAUAACAAUAUCAUUCUCAGCUGUUGUUCUUUUGUAUAGAUCAUCAUGGUCCAGUCAGUUUCAAAGUCAGAGAGUCAGUGCUUAGCCACAGAGAAAAUGGCAGCACCCAAAAGGAUGAUCCUUGCCUCCAAGGUACCAGACUAAGGCCUUAUCCAGCUCUAGUGUCCCUGUAAUUCCAGGGCUGACCAAAGCAGAGCUCUGAAGUUCUCUCCUCUUCUUGAUGUCCGCUGAACUCCAUUCACACUUUCCAGCAACAUCUCGUUUCGGAUGGAUGCUUGUUCUCAUCUAGCAGUCGAAUAAUCUGAAGGAAAAACAAAACAAAACCUGGUAAGGUUUAAAAAAUACCACUCCCUCCUCCAAUUCUGCAUUCUCAUUUUAACAGAAAAGUCCAGAAAAUGGAAGACCCCAACAUCUAAAGGGAUAAGACUUGAAUCAGAGGAUUUUUAGACACUAUGAUAGAAAGUAUGAGAAGUUUGGGGCAGUUCUUUCAAGUCCUAUUCCCUGAGCAGUCAUCUUUGACUCUUUAUUAGGCCUCCAGUGCUAAGGCAAAGUGGAAAUAGUGGAAAGAAUAUUAGCUUUUAGAGUCAGAGGGUCUGAGCUCAAAGCGGACUCCAUGACCUUGGGCAAGUCAAUUAACUUCCCCGAGUCUCAUUCUUCAGCUGUAAAUGAGCAGGGGGUGGAUAGCCUCAAGAGUCUCUAGAUCUAGGAUUGUAGUCAGAACCGUUGAAAUUUAGGACAAAACUGCAAGCAGGCUCACAAGAACUAGUCUUUUCCUGAGGAAAAAAAUUGUUUUGGAAGAAAUCAUUUGGAGAUCAGGAUUCCUCUUUUGCAAGACUCUCCAUAAUUAGAUUGUUGGUAUUGCAGAACAGUCCAUUUCAAAAAUUUCCCUUAGUGUAGUUACUCCCAUCAGCAUUUUUAAGCUUCAUUAAUUAGGAAUGAGGACCAUUGGGCAAGAGCAGCGGAUAAAUCCCUUCCAGCUCUAAGGCACUGUGUGGGUCUGUGACCCCCCUGAAGCCUGAAGUUCUAUUCUGUGGAAUGAUGGGGACAUCUAACGGCCAAUUCAGGUAAUUCCAGGGGACUAUCCACAGGUCCUUUAUUUGAACUACAGGACCAUGAAUUUAGAUCUGGAAAGCAUCUUGGAGUCCAAUCCAUCAAGUCUAAACUUCUCAUUUUCACAAAUGAAGAAACUGAAACCUAGAGAACGUAAAUUAUUGGUCCAGCUAAGCAUCAGAGGUAGGAUCCAAACUCAGCUCUCUGACUUCCAACCCUCUCUCAAACAUUAGUUCAUCUUUGCCAAAGAGCACUGUUGUUGUUCAAUUGGGUCCAACUCUUUGUGACCCUAUUUGGAGUUUUCUUGACAAAGAUGCUCACAUGCUUUGAUAUUUCCUUCUCCAUUAUUUUAAAGUUGAGGAAACUGAGGCAGAUAGAGUGAAGUGACUUGCCCAGAGUCAUAGAGUAAGUUUCUGAGGCCAGAUUUCAACUCGAGAAUAUGAAUCUUCCUGAUUCCAGGCUCAAUAUUCUAUCUACUGUGCCACCUGAUUGCUGCCAAAGAGCAAGGUAAAAUGCUUCAGAUAGAAUUUUCUGUGCUUUUAGUUGGUUUCAGGAAUUUUUUGAAAAGUCUGUACUUCCUUCCCCCUUACCUAUUGACUCCUCUCCUUUUACCUUUCUUUGAUACAUAGAAGUUAAUUCAUUGGACAUUAUUUUGGAAUUAAACCCAAUGAAAAUUGUAUAAUUUAGGAUAAUUCCUGGUAAAACAAUUAAAAAGACUUCCAGUUACUUCUGGUCAUUCCAUUGACUUUCCAUGUGAUAAUAGACCUUAGGUUAUUUUUUUCAAUGAAUGAAUGAUAUGUUAUCAAUGUUUUAUGAGUGUAGUGGAGGUCUGGUAAGUGUAUAGACCUCCUUAAGUUUGAUAAAAUGCUUUGUUAUCUACAUAGAGACGACUUAGGAGCUGCUCCUGAGAGAAUCCUGGGGACUAGAGCCUGCAUGUGUAUUCUGUCUCAGUGGUUCCCUUUGUCCUACCAGUUGGUGGGAAGGAACCAUUUGCCAUUGACUGUUUAGCUAUAAAUGAUGGCUUCUUCAAAAGUUAUCAAGUUCUAUGACUUUGCUCCAUUUGUGACUGAAGGGAUGAGAUGAUCUCUUUACUAAUGGCUUCCAGUCUGAGAACCAAAGCUGUAAAGUGAAGAGUCCUGAGCUGUCUCUCCCACUCUGCCUUGUGAAGAUUGGAUUUAGCUAUCUCCUUAUGGUAACAAUGAAGAUACUUAGCUCUUUCUUAAUAGUGAAGCUAGAAUUGUAAGCUAUAAUCUAUUUUUAGAUUUUAACUACAAAAAGAUGUCAAGUAACUACAAAAGGUGAACUUAACAAAAGAGGAUUUAAGUAACCCAAAAAGAUAAAAUCUAACCAAAGAAGAUGAGAAUUAAAGAAUGGACAGUACUGGAAAAAAAUCUAACCAAAGAAGGUGAGAACUAAAGAAUGGGCAGUCCUGGAGAAAAGCAUCUGCUGUGAUUGGUAGAUGGGAAAAUUUAGAGGAGGUGACACAAGAGAAAAAGGUCUUUAAAUAGAGGGGAAAAAGACUGAAGAGGACAAUCAGUCAGUCACCCGAGCUUGGAGUAAAGAAUGGAGGAGCAACUGGAAGACCUACACUCAGACUUCUUUUAGAUUGUCACCCUUGGUGAGUAAAAGUUGAUUUAGUGAUCCACCUUUCUGGAGGCAUGAAGCCUCCAGGUAAGGCUCAUCUUCUUGAGACUCUUUUCUCCUGGCUGGGGCUUAGAAAUCCUAACUGAUAUCAGAAGAAGCCAGAUUUUUUUUUCUCUCUCUCUCUCAUUCCUUAAUAUCUUCCUUCUAUUGUAAAUAAACUACCAUAAAUUCCA